AUGGCACGUGCCAAUCUCUCGUCAUCUUCAAUCGAUGAUGAUCUUGUUAUUGAUUCACCUCCACCAGCAACACAACCAAUCAACAAGGAACAAUUGAAAUUAAAGUUUAAAUUGGCGGUUAUUGAUGACAUUGAAGAUCAGAAAGGACGUGAAGUUAAAGAAAAGACAAAUGAAAUAAAAAGUCUAUUGAGUAAAAGAACUGAUAGAUUUACAGUUGUUGCACAUGGUGUAACUAAACCACAUGUGGCUAAGUGCCUAUUUAGUUUACGUCCUGUAUCUAUAGUUGAAGAUUCAGGACUUCGACAAAUUUGUUCGUAUUUCUAUAAUUUAGGUGAAAAAAAUUUUGGUCGUUCAAUGGAUUUGGAAAGUUUAUUUAAACUCGACAAACAAUUUCACGCUGUAUAG